UUUUGUUACGGAGGACGAUAUUGUUCCCCGUGCUAAGGAUCAUUCUUCGUUUAAUCUGGAUUCAGUAAAACCCUGAAAAUCGACCGUCUCUCUCUCUCUGGCUCCUUCCUCUACUCUAACAGCUCUGUUUGCGUGACAAGCCUCGUGCGACAGGGCACGUGAACCGAACAGGAGCAUCGCACACAACGAUCAGGGCGUGCACCACUAUGCCACCGUCGAACCUGUGGGCUGUUAAUAAGACCGGUAAUGCGUUCACACUGAGCACAGCCGAAAACUGCUGGUGCGAGCUGCCACACUCGGGUGUCGACCUUCAACGCGUCUCCGCUGUGCAAUCGGCUGCCUGGGGAAUCGGCAGUGACCAUCAUGUCUACACGUUUGUUCCAAACGGCGAUAAAAUUCGUGUCCCCGAGGUCACCUACGAGAACCAGCGCUGGCAAAUCAGAGGCGGAUACGGCACAUGGCUCCUGCCGACGGACUGGCACCUCUGGAGCAGCAAAGAUGGCUUAUCUGCUCGACCUAAAGAGAGCAUUACACUACCUUCUGGUAACUGGAAGUGGGAAGACUCCUGGCACAUAGACGGCGAGCUUGACGGGGUACCAUUGGAACCCGAGGGCUGGACAUAUAGCUUGGAUUUUCCACGCACAUACGCCCCUAAAAAGAAAUGGAACUCGUUUGUUCGUCGCCGGAAGUGGAUCAGGAACAGGCACUACACCGCCUUUGAGAAAUGGGCUAAGAUCGCCCACGGGGAUCUGCUUGUCGACGUUGCUGCAGGCGGCGAGAGAGUUCCUGGUAGUGAACCAGACAGUUAUGCUGUGUGGGUUGUAAACGAUCAAGGCAAAGCAGCAUUUCGUUCAGGAGUCAGUCGUCUGAAUCCGGAAGGCGACAGCUGGAUUGAUGCAGUUGGUCCGCAAAACAUGGACGUGAUCCAAAUAUCAGUUGGACUAACUGGGUUGACAUGGGCUGUCGCACGAAACGGCAGUGCCCUCGUGCGGACUGGCGUGUCCAAAGACAACUACAUGGGCACGGGUUGGACUGAAGUACCAGCGCCCCAAGUUGACCAGAAGCUUGCACAAGUUGCUGUCGGGCCCAGUUCAGUGUGGGCCAUCAGCCGCUAUGGCACAGUAUGGUUUCGGUAUGGAAUAGGAGAAGAUCUUGGUUGCCUGGAAUCGAUUACAGGAUCAGGGUGGAUUGAGGUAGCUACGAAGAUGGUUGCCAUCACCGUAGGACCUAACAACCAGGUGUGGGGUAUAAGGCGAUCUGACCAUCGCAUCUGUCUGCGAACCGGCGUAACUCAUGAAGAGCCAAGCGGACGAGGAUGGAAGGAGUUAACCGUGACAACCGGAAAGCCUCUGAGCAUGACCAGCAGCUUGCAGGAGCAGCAAUCUGAUCCAGAUUCGGGUUUCUUUUCCGGCGUUGGAAAUUCACCACAGGGUGCUGAGAACGUUGGCGACGAUUCUGCUUUUGUGUACGGGACCUCUGAACUUCAAGGUAAUCUACGCUCCAGAAUCCGCGAUGACGGCAACAUCACUGGCAGCACUUGCAAGUUUGACCCUGCUGAUUGCGUGGGUUCGAUUAAUUGGAAGUGGGUCAGUGGAGGUGCUUGCACAAUCGACUACCUUGCAGCUCCAAGUGCAUGGUUUACUUCAGGUGACCCUAGUAACAUAAGAGCUCAAGAAAGGCCACCGGGCAGAAUCGCCGUCUUAUGCCGUUUAGCGCAACGGCGCGUCAGGGUAACGGAUGCCUUAAAGGAUGGCGACGCUGUGGAUAUGCAAUCAAUAUGGGUGAAAACAGCGAGACCGCUCAUCUGGACCAAUCCACUAGAGCAAGUCCAGUGCACGUUGGAACUGGAAAGUUCGACCCUGGAAGGUGUGGAGUCUGUAGCGAUACGACUGGAGUACACCAACGGUGAACGAGAAGAGAAGAAGAGAAUUAACGUCGCCGAUGUCACGUGCGUCGCCAUCCUGUCCACUCGUGACCAGCGCACUCUUGGAGUCUGGACCAAGGAACUCAGUAAGGAGGCGUCAUUCCUGAGAUUUGUUUUCGUGUCGUAUGCGGAGCUGGAGGACUGGACGGCGACACUUAACCUAGCAGCGAACAACUUGCGCGGCGAUUCUGGUCCGGCCACGGAGAGAGCAAUUUGGGGCCUCACACACUGUGGCGAUGUUUACGUACAAUCUAUCCGCGGUGUGGGUAAGGGAGGACCUUCACUGAGCGGCAGGCUGUGGCGUCACUUAGGGGGUGGUCAUUUCCGUGUCGUCGAGUCAUGCCCACGUGGGAUCACGUGGGCCCUAGGACACGACAACAGGCCGUGGGUGUACACCGGGGGAUACGGGGGUGGUGUUUAUCAAGGAUUUCGGAAUCAGGGAAACAACGUUCACCCGAUGACGGACAGAAAGACCACUUAUGUCUACGAGAACCAGCGCUGGAAUGUAGUUUCUGGCUUUGCGGCAAAACAUCUUCCAAAGUCGAGGCCCGAAUGGAGUGAUGACACAGGACUUGUGGAGUGCACUAAAGACAGCGUGAAGCCGGAUUCAGUUCAUUGGCAGUGGACUACAGACUGGGAAGUUGACAACAACAUUCCCGGAGGUGCCGAUGGUGAUGGCUGGCAAUAUGCUUGCGAGACACUUUUAACUGGUUGGGUGCACCCAUAUCAUUCUGGUAUGAAGAUUAACGACACUUACAGACGACGGCGCUGGUUCAGGCUGAGCAAGUUGAAUACCUGUGGGCCAUGGCGCGAGGUCGAAGCGUCUCCGGGACCUAUCGGAGAUGGGACCCUGAAGUCCAUUUCACUUCAAGUGGACUACGGCAGCACCUCACAAGGUUCUGUAGCAUUGUGGGCCGUGACUACUGAUGGACGGGUCCUGUACCGUAGUGGAGUCACACGUCAGUGUCCUCAGGGCAAGCUAUGGCGCCUCGUGCCUUUUGAGGUAGACUUCGAGUCCAUCAGCGUCGGGUCUGGUUCCCUUGUCUUGGCAAUAGACAGACACGGCAUUGGCUACGUCAGGCUCGGCAUUUCGGACGCAGAGCCCAUUGGUACUAUCUGGUCCGAAGUGCAACCGCCAACAGGAUCGAGACUAACCCAGGUCUCAGCAGGACGUUCUGGGGUAUGUGCAGUAGACGCUCUCCGUCGCCUCUGGUACCACGCUGAUGUGACGCAGACAGUUCCCGAAGGUAAUACCUGGCAUCUAGUCUCCGAAGGCGUGUCCCGUGUCUCUGUGGGACCGAACGAUCAGGUCUUGGCCAUCAUAGAUGUUGUGGAAUCUGGGACGGCACUGACCAACGUUGUAGCUCGGCGGCUAGGAAUGACGAGAGUGUGCCCUUCCGGAACGGGGUGGGAAACUGGUUUUGCGGUUGAAUGGAGCUACAUAUCUGCGCGAGGGUGUUCCUACUAGGAGGGCAAGCGGCAGACUUGUGACGUUUCGCGCCUCAACGGUGAUGCCAUGACUCGUCCUGCGGCGCCACCUAUUACCAAAUGCCCCAUGCUCAAAGUACACUUGUAAUGUUUACGUCCAGUUUUUCUCGAGUGCCGUGCAUAAAGACCCCUUGAAGACAUUUGCUUCUUUCUGUGACGUACCGUGUGACCACAGAUGCCACCAGUAUGGUGUAGUGUUGAUAAAUCGUAUAAAAGCCCCAGCCUUGUUCCUGAUGAGCAAGAAAUAAAAACUGCACCCUCGUA